AUGGUGGAACGUCUACCAGGAGUAGCUCCUCCAAUCCGGAGGAGCAACCCCGACUCGUACACAGAUACUCCCUUCGCAGAGGAGAUCGCCUCAGUCGAGAUGCCUCGGAAAUUCUCCUUCCCUAGCAUCAAGAUGUACAAAUAUAAACAGAGGAUGCUAGCGGUUGCGCUCCCCAAGGAGGCCCGUGAAGCUACCAUGUGUAAAGGGUUUGGCUCCACUCUAAUUGGACCCGCCUUGCAAUGGUAUAGCAAUCUCCCUACCAGCUCCAUCUCUUCCUUUGCCGGUCUGAGCGACAAGUUCGUAGAACAAUUCGCGAGUAGCAGGAGCCUGGAGAAGACUUCAGAUGGUCUCUACGAGAUCCUCCAGCAUCGAGUAGAACCCCUGCGGGACUGCAUAGCCUGUUUCAAUCAAGAGAAGGUAGCAGUCCCUGAAUGCAGCAUCCCUACCGCAAUCUCUGCCUUCAAGAGAGGCCUACUUCCAGAUGGAGGGCUCUACAAAGAGCAAACCAUGUACCCUUGCAAAACCAUGGAGGAUGUGCUAUCCCGAGUGUGGGCACAGGUGAAGUGGAAGAGGACGUCGCUAGCUGCGCCAAGUCUCAACCCAACAGUAUCAGAGGUCCACCCGAUCAGACCGGGGAGACCGAGAAGAAAGAUCCUCCCAAAAGGGAUCCAAGGACUCCGGAAGCAGGAACCGGGGCAGAUGGGCCAACAGGUCAAAUGGCCCCCAAAGAUGAAAGCACCUGACUCAUUCCGGAACCCGAGACUCUGGUGCGACUUCCAUCGCGAUCACGACCACAAAACUGAAGACUGCGUCGCCCUGAAGAUCAAGGUCAACGAAAUGCUCCAAAAGGGACAUCUCCGAGAAUUCCUUUCAGAGAAAGCCAAGGCUCAUCUUAGCAAAGAAGCAUCAGGGAAAUCCAAAGGAGACGCAUCAAGCUCACCACCUCGCCAGGACCGGGUGAUUCAUGUCAUCUCAGGAGGCUCUGAAGUAAGUGGCGUGAGUCAUGCAGCUGCAAAGAAGAGCACCCGUAAUGCUAAACACGGCCUGGAGACUGCUCAACCUAAAACCCUACUUCUAGGUACCGACGAGAUAAGCUUCACAGCCAAGGAGCAAAAGAAGAUAUUAGCUCCCCACCAUGACGCUCUAGUUUUCUCUCUCACCAUAGCGAACUGUUUGGUGAAAAGAAUACUAGUAGACAACGGGUCCUCCAGCAAUAUCAUCUUCCUGACAGCGUACCAAGACCUAGGGUUAGAGGAGAAUACCCUGACGCGCAAAGUAACUCCACUCAUCGGGUUCAGCGACGAGGUCAAUUGA